ACGCGCGCUGGAAAGAGAGGAGCAAACUUAACGCUGCUGAGCGCUCCAGGCUCCGGACAGCUUGAGCUCAGACCGUCAUCCAUCCGGACCCCGUCAGGACUUUUGGAUCGAGAGAGGGACCGCUUGAACAGCAGUCAGCUUUUUCUUUUCUUCUCUUUGUUGUUUUUGAUUGAAAAGCGCGGCGGCGGCAGCGUUUAAACCGACAACUCUCCGUUUUCUUCAGUAAAUCGUCAUCGUCACAAUCCGCCUUUCUCUAAACGUUUUCUCAUUUGUUGCACAGCUUGAGAUUUCGGAAAGUGGACCAUAUACUCGGAGACACAAGGAAAAAAAAGCUUCAUUCUUCAGCUGCGACUGCAACGUUUCUGUCAUCAGAUCGCCCUUUUUCUCCCGUCACUUUCAGGAUUAUUUUACAAAAGAGGGGAAGAGGAAAUGAAAUCCAACGCUGCAUUUCUGAUGUGCUUUCUCUCUUUAACAAGCAGCCAAGCGGAGAAUGCAGAGGAGCGUCUGGUGAACUACCUGCUGGGCCCAGAGCGCUACAACAAACUGAUCAGACCAGCUGUUAAUAAGAGCCAACAGGUCACCAUCUCCAUACAGGUGUCGCUGUCGCAGCUCAUCAGCGUGAAUGAAAGAGAACAGAUCAUGACCACCAACCUGUGGCUCUUUCAGGAGUGGAAUGACUACAGGCUGAGGUGGGACCCAGACAAAUAUGAGGGCAUCAAGAAACUGCGAAUACCUUCCAAACUCAUCUGGCUUCCUGACAUUGUGCUCUACAACAAUGCUGAUGGUGUCUAUGAGGUUUCCUUCUACUGCAACGCUGUGGUCUCCAACACAGGCGACAUCUUCUGGCUGCCUCCAGCUAUCUACAAGUCAGCCUGCGCCAUCGAGGUGCAGAACUUCCCUUUUGACCAGCAGAACUGCACCCUGAAGUUCCGCUCCUGGACCUACGACCACACGGAGGUGGACCUGAUGCUCACCAGUGACUUUGCCAGCCGGGACGAUUUCACACCAAGUGGAGAGUGGGACAUCGUCUCGCUUCCAGGACGCAAAAACGAGGACCCCAACGACAUCACCUACCUUGACAUCACAUAUGACUUUGUCAUAAGGAGGAAGCCUCUGUUUUACACCAUCAACCUCAUCAUCCCAUGUGUGCUCAUCACCUCACUGGCUAUCCUGGUGUUCUACUUGCCUUCAGACUGCAGGCAGAAAAUGACGCUAUGCAUCUCGGUGCUGCUCGCUCUCACUGUGUUCCUGCUGCUGAUCUCCAAAAUAGUCCCACCCACAUCCCUCGCAGUGCCCCUCAUAGGUAAAUACCUGAUGUUCACCAUGGUGUUAGUCACAUUUUCCAUAGUCUGCACAGUUUGUGUCCUCAAUGUGCACCAUCGCUCCCCGUCCACCCACUUCAUGCCUGAGUGGGCCAAACGCAUCUUCUUGGUCCGUCUUCCGACCUUUCUCCUCAUGAGGCGUCCAGGCUCCUCCAGUGCUCGCCGCAAACCCCGGCAGAAAUCCGGUGGAAAGAAUCCAAAAGGCAAAAACAAUUUCCAGAGCAUUGCAGGCAACUGGCAAUGCUCCAAAAACAGACUGAGUGGAAUUCCGAUGGACAGUGACUCCUUCUACGUGAAUGAGGACUUGGCACACAGGUGUUGCUGGAAGGUGGGGGACGUCCCAGAUGGAGGAGGAGGGCUUUCAGACUUCCGGAGGUCUUGCGCUGAUCAGCGGGAUGCAGAUCUGGACGAGGCGAUGGAGGGAGUGAGAUACAUCGCUGACCACAUGAAGACAGAAGAUGAUGAUGAAGGGAUUAUCCAGGAUUGGAAGUACGUUGGCAUGGUGAUCGACCGUCUUUUCCUGUGGAUUUUCAUCCUGGUGUGCGUGGUGGGAACUCUGGGACUCUUCAUGCAGCCGCUCUUCCAAAGCUACAACACACCCGCUGCUGACGACACAGAAUACAGUGACUUUUAGGAAUUCAGUUACACAACAGAAGGAAGGGUGUGAUGGAUGAGUAGCCGGGGGGUCAGAUAUGAGAUGAUCUGAAGAGCCAGGACAGCUUAAAUGUCUUUGAAUUUGUGGGUUAUAAGUAAGGAUGGAGUUUGCUCGAUGGUUUCUCAUCUCUGUGGUCGAUUAAAGAACUCCACUCAUGAAGAACCAGAGAUGAAUUUCAAAUGUGAAAUUCUAAGCAGCUUUUUUUCAGGAGGAUGUGUUAAACUUCAGAUCAUUUGUUGUUGGACUCUUCCUGACCUUUGGCCUGAUGACUGUGCACCGCGGCAGCGCUCCGGUCUCCUCACACCGCUGCUUCAGAGGCAUCAGCAGUCACAAAAAAGACAUUUAAAAAAAUUCUUUUGACACUGAAUUUACACACUUUUCUUUAGAGCUUUGUGUCUUUGCUCCACCAUCUCUGAAGCUGCACUGAAACACUUUGUCAUUUAAAAAAACAACCUUUAUUAUGAUUUUAUCAGUCUGCACUUUGAAUUUGUCUGCUCAGUUUUUGUUAUUCAGUUUUUCUUGCUGCAUCACAUCCACACAAACCCAAAGGGGAAAAGAAAAGUCUAAACCAAACGCAGACAGCGGAAUUCUUUGUGCUAUGCAAACAGACAUGUACACAUUUGAACUCUUUGGAAGGAGAACAUGAAUCUUUUCUUCUGCACCUCGUUUUUGCCUUUGACAACUGCCUUAAGCUGUUUUUGUCCUCCACAAAACCCCAUUUCACAAGAAAACAAAGAUUUCUUCAGCUGUGCUCCCCUGCAUCAUGCUGAAUACAACAGUACCGUUCCAAAAAUUUCUCGUUUCAAAAUCUUGUGACCGUAUUUUACAGACUAUAAAUCCCACUGGAGUUGCACAGGAUAUCAAGUCAAGUUAAACUUCAUUUACAUAUAGAGCUUCUCAUGCAUUGCGCAGCUUGAAGCGCUUAUUAGCAUAAAGCGUGUAUUCAGACUGGAAAAGUCCAUUGGUCCACACCGAGUUUGCUUAAUUUGGUCCGAAUGUAGUCCAGAACCUUGUGUUUAGUCUGUAUUCAGACUGCCUUCAAGAGAACUUUGCUGUUUCAAACUAAAGCUUGUCAGCAAAACCAUGUGACUAAAGAUCUCUUCAUUCAUUGGCCAGGAAUUAUGAGGGCGGGGCAAAGCAACUAAAGGCAGAAGUUAUGGAAGUCCUGCGCUUUGCAAUCCUUGUCAGGAUAGUUCGCUAAUUCAAACUAUAUUAUGCUGAUCAAUUGUGAACGCCUGUAUUAACUACGGCUGGAUUUAUUAAAUUGAUUCAUCAACCUGUAUUGAUCCAAGCUUAAUAAAUGAACAAUCGAUCCAUAAAAGUAGAGAUCCAUCUUUUAUGCCUCUCCUUUCCUGGUGUCCUAACGCAUAACAGCAGUAAAGCUAAAGUGCGCUAGCUUGAUGCUAACGUAUAAAAUAAUUUCCUAUAGGACGGCUAAUGCUAACGCUCGCUCGGUCGACCUAAACGUCCAUUUCUGACUAAAUGAACAGCUUUAUAAACUCCCAAGCAGGAAUUUUCCUAACUCUUUUAAGGAAACAUUUCUUUUUAAAGUAUAGCUUCUCCUUUUGAGAAAUAGUGUAACACUGUAUGGCGUUAACAAACUCAUCGGUUUAUUAUUUCACGAAUAAAGUUUACAGUAUGUGAAUUCUACCAGACUAAUAUGAAUACAUUAAAAACAAAUAUAGAUUAUUUUUGUAUGUCUAAACAAAUAUGUCUAAAUGUAUGAACCUUGUAAAUUCAAAAUGGAAUCAAAUCAAAUCAAUCCAGGCUCUUGUGAAUUUAAUCAAAUCUAUUCUGGAAAUAAUAAUAAAAACAUAACAUUCUGGUAUCAACAUCGGGUUCAACACUUUUACUUGUUGGUACGGCAUAGGCAAGCUGCAGGGCGGUUACUGGAAAGACGACGGCUAAGAAGGGACUGAUAAAGUGUUUAUGACUUAUAUAUAUUGUCGGGCAAACAGAGAAAAGUGAUGUGUUUCAUCCAAAAAGUUGUUUUAACGAACCUGCAUUCAUCCUACCACAUUUCAAUAAGUUGCUGUGUCUCUUUGUUGUGGUGUUAUAGCAUUGUUUUAAGAGAAAUCUCUUAAGGAACUACAAGGUAGCCUUUAGGGUGAUGUUGCAGCAGUAAAACAGCUGAAAACACACAAUUUGUGAGCAGAAGAGAAUGAUUCAAACGGCAGACGUUAGCAUCAAUAUUUGGGUUUCUUCAGUGUUUUGUGAUGUUUGUGUUGGACACUGCAGUAACCGCAGUAAAAGUAAUAAAAGGACACAUGCUGUUGUUCCGAAGAGACUGUAAAUUAAGAUGCUGCUAAACCAUCUAUUGCUCAUCUGAACAAUGCAUUCAUUAAAAUCCCUCAUUGUCAAAGCGUUCCCACAGGUCUAUUAAUUAUGUUUAUGUAGUUUUAAGGCAAAAUCAACAACCCUGUGUUGUUCUCUAUAGGACAUAGUUUCUGCAGAGCGGCAGGAGUUCAUUAAAAAUUGAAUUUGGGCAGCAUUUGGCAUUUUUUGGCUGACCCUGAUUCACAACAACGUGAAUAAAGUAAUAUUCCAAAAUGCAACUUUAAGCUUAAUUUUCUUGCUCCAUCGUCAGAAAAAUGCCACAAAAAGAUGUUACAAUCGCCAACAACACCAUGUUUAUCUGAGUGGGUCUUCAACGUUCGAAGUGAAACUUCAGGAGCUACUAUAUGUGGGCAGCUGUCGCUGCAGGAGCAGGGACAGCAAGCUGCUCCUAUGGAGACAAACAGCCAUGUCCUCAGUUUGGUCUACUAAAGAAUUUCUCUCUGAUCGACAAAUCUCCUCUAAAGGAGACACAUCCAUAAUGUACAUCCUCUCAGCACAAACGGACACACUUUCCUGAGUUCUUAUGUGUCUGACUUUGUUCACGAAACAGAACAAAUUUUAUAUUGCUGAGGAAACAUCCACCUGGCCAAGUUAGUCAUGAUCCGCCUUUUUUUAGGGGUUUCUGAGAUAUUUCAAAGUAAAUUUUUGAUGCAAAUGUCUUAUUGGCUUUUUUCGCUACAAAAACUGAGUCAUAAAGUAAAAAGACCCUUAUUUGAAGAAAAAUGGUUGUUCUGACACCUCGGGCAGAUUUCUUUUUGCUCAUCUGAGAAAAUCUGCCAGUGGGGUCAGGAGUUUUGACUUACUUCCAAAAAGCUUCUUGUUUGGUCUUUAGGUCUUCCAAAAUAAGACUUUAGAAAAAGAAGAACUCCACAAUAACGAUGUUUCUAGAUGCUCACAGAACAAAAACAGAACAGAUCCUCAAAUGUUUCGUCACCUGGUUUCCUUUGUCUUUGGUUUGGAAAAUCGGAACAGGAAGUAGUCUGAGCUCCAGGAGCUGAAGUUCAUUUAAAGAAUAUACAAGGAAUUCUGUCUGUUAUUGUAGGUUUGACAUUUUUUUAUUGGAUAUAUGAUUGGUUUUGCCUUGUUUGACACUUUAUCAAUAUUUCUGAUUUGUUUUACGUGUUGUUUCAUCUAUUAUCUUUAUGUGUGGAUUUAUAAGCAAUGCUGAAAUAUAAAAUAAAGGCACACUUUUUAUUCAGAGAA